CAAGGCUGCGAGUCCAGCCUCUUUGCACUGGGAUUGAUGCCUUUGGUGGCUUUUUGGUGAGCAGGACGCAGCAGGACAGCAGGACAUCAGCCUCAGCCCAUAGGAAUACUCAGCUUCUCACCUCAGCAGAGAAAUCACACAAUAAUCUGAUUUAAAAUAAAGGGAUUUACUUGCUAACACCAUCACUGUCUACAAAGAAGUCAACUUUCUCUUUUCUUCCACGGGUGUAGUACAUUUUUUUAGGCAGUCAUGUCCAGGCGAAAGGUGAGAGGUCUGACCCGUACGGGCCGCCAGGUCAGCGAGGACCCAGACCUGGACAACCUGCUGUCCACUCUCUCCCCUGAGGAGAUGGAGGAGCUGGAGAAGGACAUGAUGAAGGUGCCAGACCUCAACCCAGAAGAUGGGAAGAUCAUCUUCCAAGGAGAGAGCCAAGCUGGGCAGCCACCAACGAGCAACAAUGUCCGGGACGCGACAACACGCAGUGACGCCAAAGGGAGGCUCAGUCAGAAGGAACCAUCAUUUGAGGGUGAGUCAAAGAAAGAGAGUCGAAAGCAGGAAUACCUGAGGAAGAUGGGCCUCAGCCAGGAGGGGAACGACGACAUUAAAGCAGGAAUGCAAAAACAAGCUGGUGUCUCAAGUGAAAGAGAUGUCAAGGUGGAAAACAGAAACAGCAAAGGUCCCGAAAGUUCGAAAGAGGAGCAAAUUUGGCGUGCAAGUAGAAACUGGAGGCAGGAAAGCAGAGAGAGCGACGUGAAAGACGAGGCCAACGAAAAGGAGAAAUAUGAGGACAAUAGGUUAAGGGACAGAAGAGAAAAUAGAGACAGCAUCGGGAGCAAAACAAAGAACAUGAUUUCCAAGUUACAGGAAAAAAAGGAUGACAGCAAAGAGAAGGAAAAGAAGGAAGACUGCAGGAAAAGAGAUGACAGCAAAACCAAAGAUAUAAUCUCAAAGCUAAGAGAAAAAAGCGAGAAGGACUCAGGCAAGGAAAGGGAGAGGAAAUCCGAGAGUAUCAGGACACAAGGGCUGGUCUCUAAAAUGGUUAAGCAGAGCAAGGUAUCAGAAAGCCAGACUGAAGAGUGCAAAUCAGAGGAGAAGAAGCCUAAAGCAGAGGAGAAAAAAACGACAGACAAAAACAAACUCGAGCGACAACCAUCCGAGAAGGGCGAGGUGCAGGUGAAACAUGACAAAGCAGAGAAAAGAACAGAUAGAGAAGAGUUGGUUAAUCACAGUGACCACGUGAAAGAGAAAGAUAAGAAGGUAAACAACGAGAAGAAAGCCGAGGAGAAAAAGGAAAAAGAGGAAGAGAGGAAAGUUAAAAAAACUGAAGGAACUGAGAAACUUGGUAACUGUGUUGCCAAAAAUAGCCCCAACAGCAAGGCGAAGGAGCAAACGGAAGAGGAGGAAGACUCGAGCAUGUUUGAUGAGCUGAUGCAGCAGGUUCGGAGCAACGACCCCACCCUCGCUGAGCUCAACAUUAACAACUCAGAGGUCAUCAAGACCAAAACACUCAUUGAGUUCGCAGAGGCUUUGCACAACAACACCCACAUCAAGACGGUUGCUCUGGCUAAUUGCCGUGCUGACGACCACGUAGCUUACGCCAUUGCCGGCACACUACGAAACAACAAGGCCAUCACCAGCAUCAACCUUGACUCCAACCAUCUCACUGGCAAGGGCAUCCUGUCUCUUAUCCAGGCACUGCAGCACAACGCCACGCUGACUGAGCUCCGCUUCCAAAACCAGCGCCACAUCUGCGGAGGGAAGACUGAGAUGGAGAUGACCAAGAUUCUGAAAGAAAACACCACCCUGCUCAAACUGGGUUACCACUUUGAGCUAGCGGGACCCAGGAUGACCACAACGAACAUACUGAGUCGCAACAUGGACAGACAGAGGCAGAAGCGCCUGCAGGAGCAGAAGCAGGCCCAGGCCAACGGGGAGAAGAAGGGUACACUGGAUGUGCCCAAAUCCGUAGGUGGAGGAUCUCGGAGGAGCUCACCCAAGGCUUCCCCCAAACCGUCUCCCAUUCCUUCACCCAUGCCUUCACCAAAGCUGACUCCUAGAAGAGGACCUGGGGGUCCACCACCACCUCCACCUCCUCCUGGGGGUGGACCGCCACCUCCUCCACCCCCUACGCUGGAUGUAGACCGCUCGGGCGGUAGUAAGAACUCAAGGGACCAACUGCUCGCCUCGAUCAGAGGAAGCGAUAUUAAACAACUGAAGAAGGUGCCGGUGCCAAAGUGGCUGCAGUAAUGUUUCCUGUUGGAAUGUAAAGUGACAUAAAAGAGCGAGGGAGAAAAGACAUCUCACCACUGGGUUUCUACGAGAUAAACUCUACCUUCCUACUGCCGGUUGGAGAGCUGCGCUGUGGGAUGCAUGGAGAAAAUGAAACGUGAGAUGGUUGGAAGAAUAGUCCUCACUAUGAGUUCUCCCCUCAAACACUGGACCAAAAGGACUCUGUGGAGAAUGAGUGAUGUAGGACUCUCUGUAAGAGAGAGUGCCAUGAAUUUGUGGCUGUUUGUCUUACGUUCAUAUUGACGCUUUGCUGGUUAUUUGCACUAGAUAAUAUGAAGCCGAUCAUAUAACAUGUUGGCUUGUAUAUGCAUCUGAAUGUGAGCGUGGUGGGAGAGUGUGACGAGCUUAAUGAGAGAUUCAGAUAACUCUUUAUAAAAUUCUUAUAUACAAAAGUCUAUCAUUGAUAUAGCGAACAUUAAUUUGACCAUUUAUUUAUUUGUGGAGAGGGAAUCCACCUUAUACAUGUCAGUUGUAAAUCUGUUCAAACUGGGAAUUCUGAAAUGACAGAAAUAUCAGGGAAUAAACUACCAUGGCGGCCUGACUUAAGAAAAUCUGAGUAAGACAAAAAAAUAAAAAAUAAAAUUAAGAUCAAGGUGGUCUUUGAUUGUGUGUCUCAUUGUCAAAUCUCAAGACAUCUCAGGCAGGCUUGGAAAGCAGCCCAGUGGGAUCCUGGUGCAUGACAAAGGAUUUUUAGCAUGGAAAUAAUUACAUAAUGCAUUUUUAUCAGGAAGUGCAAAUGGCUGUCCUUCAGUAUCUAAUGUUGUGUUUUGUACAGAAUCAUUCUAGCCUGGGUGUUUGAACAUCUUACUUAACUUUUCUGUAAUACAGCUACAUGUCUUAACUGUAGGGGGGUUUGGAAACCUGUUACAGGCCUAAAUCAACCCUCUGGUGGAUUACUGCCGUACUUUUAAGUGAAUGUCAUUUCUAAAGGAAAUUCAUUGUGAUGAACAAAAAUCAGAGUGGUGCAAUGAAGGACACACAUGUCUUGUUACACAUGUCUUUUUUACGGAGCCUGUAUGUCUUCAAUAAAAGAUUCUGAUAUGUU